AUGUACUGUAACCGUCGGAUGGGCAGUUACUUUGAUCCAAAGGUUGGGGUUCAUGUAGGGGUUGAUGUAGGGUCUGCCAUUGUUGGAGUUGUUACAGGGAGUGUCAACGGUGGGUUUUACACUUUGUCCGUUGUGUGGAGGGUGAGGUGUUGCAAGGAUUGUGCAUUUCUGUGUGGAGAGGGGGCCGCUGCGGACAAAAAGGAUGCAGCAGAGAUAAAGAAGAAGGAUCCGAAGGAAGCUUGGCCGAAGUACUACCAAGCCAAUUUCUAUGCUUAUGCUGAUGCACACAAAGAGAAACCUAAAGCAGAUGUGCUUCGUAGUUUUAAGGAGCAAUUCAAGCUUCUUACCGAUGAAGAGAUUGAGAAUUGGGCUGCAUACGAAGUCGAGGCUUCCCCCUCCAAGGUUGGUGGUAGAGGGAAAGGGAAGAAGGUGAAGGAGACAUUAUCUGCUGAGCCAGGGAUUGACAACAACGAAGGUGUGGGGGACGUUCAAGUUUCUGGUCGUUGCUCAUUCGAGCGUUUGGGGAGAAUAGUCCCACUGCUGAACGAGGCUCAAAAAGAAAUGGUGAGAAAUGCCGGUUUCUCAACAUUUUUAAGGGAGGAUGCCCCGUACAUAGACGCUAAGAUUGUUAGUUGGCUGAUCGAUCACGUGGAUCCAACCACUUCUCGGCUGGAGAUAUUUGGAAGAACAAUCCAACUAUCCGCCAAGCUGUUUGAGGAUGUCAUGGGAAUCCGGGAUGGCGGAGAACCCGUGGCAACCGAAAGUGAGCGUGACCUGGUUGAGUUUGACGUCCUCUUCAAGGCCAAGGACUAUAGGUAUUCCCUGACUUUGCUGGAGAAUGAGCUCAGGGAAACCAGCGACAGUGACUACCUGUUUCUCAUUAAGUUUCUCCUUGUCUGUAUUGGAACUGUGUUGCUGCCGAAGAAUGGUACCGAGGUCAGCACUAGCUACAUGCAUUCUUUAGUUGACAUAAGGUCAAUUAAGAAGAAGAAUUGGGCGACUGCCGGAUAUCGAUAUCUAAUGAGCUCUCUACACCGGUACAAGACGAAGAACACCAAAAAUGUCUCCGGUUGCACGAUAUUUUUACAGGUAAGUUUUCGAAUUAUUGUGAUGGUAGUAAUUUUAUUCUCUCCUGUACUGCUGUGGUAAUAUAUGUAUGCACUUUUGUU